ACUUUUAAGCGUUAACACAGCUCAAAGUCUGAAUUCAGUCUCACCUUUUUGGUAUUUAAUCGAAAUGGCAUUCAAGUUUGUAGCUUUCUUUGCUUUGCUCGCCGCUGCCAGUGCCGGUAUUGUUCCAGCUGCCCAGGUAUACCAUGCUGCCCCAGCUGCCGUUAUCAAGAAUGUGGCUCCUGUACAUGUUGCAGCCCAACAUGUGUUGGCCAAGGCUGAUGACGAAUUCGAUCCUCAUCCUCAAUACAAAUACGGUUAUGGAGUACAAGAUGCCGUUUCUGGAGAUUCGAAGAGCCAGGUUGAGGAACGUGAUGGAGAUGUUGUACGUGGUGAAUAUUCGUUGAUCGAUGCCGAUGGUUUCAAACGUACCGUUCAAUACACUGCCGAUGAUGUCAAUGGCUUCAAUGCUGUCGUCCACCGCGAACCUUUGACCAAGGCUGUUGUUGCUGCCCCAGCUGUGGUUAAGACCGUUGCUCCAGUUGCCCACUAUGCUGCCCCCGCUGCCGUCGUUAAGACUGUUGCUCCAGUCGCUCAUUAUGCUGCUCCAGCUGCUGUUGUCAAAACCGUUGCUCCCGCCUACACCACCUACUCAGCACCAGCUGUGGUAAAGACUGCAGUCCCAGCUUACACCACCUACUCUGUGCCAGCCCACCACCACCAUUAGAUGCCAUUUUCGAGAACUCCAUUUGGGAUGACUGAACGUAAAAAUUGAUGCAAUUGUUGACUUAGUUUUAAAUUUGUUAAAAAUA